AAUCAUAUUGAGAAAUUAAUCAAUUUAACAGAUCUUCCUGUCUUUUUUGUUGAUAUUAUAACAUCAACAACAACAGCUGAAUAUGUGAAACUUAUUGUUUCCUGUUUGGACUAUUCAAAUGAUACUGGCUUUACUCGUCUAAUACUACAUACUGCAGUUACAUCAGCAUCAGAGAUUGGAAGGAAAUGGGCAACACGUUUUCUCAGUGUAUUAGGUGAGAAUGAUCCUCAGACGUUUGUGGAAUGGGGGCUAAGCCUUCUAAUGGGCCAGCUAGCUGACCCAUCAGCAAAGGUUGUUCGAGACGCAAUACGUGUACUUAGCCAGUGGAUUCCGGUGUAUCCUGAAUGUAUAACAUCAUUACAAAACCUUCGAUUGGAAAGUUUUGGUGAUGCCGGUAUUUUUCUAAGCACAUACUUAUUUGGCAACGAAAAAUAUGUAAUCGAAAAUCCAAAGGAAGUCCAAAAUGCUAUCAAUUUGUGGAGAAAGGAAUUCAACGUUAAGUAUGUUGAUACAGUGGAAGAUGACACUAAGGUUGAGCUUAUGAACGUCAAACGUUCAUUCGAUGGAUAUUUUGCCAGAAUCUCGAAUGAACGUUCAAAAAGGUGUGGUAUAUCACUCCCAGCCCAUCUUUACGGACACCUUGCCUCGCAUGAAAGUGGCCGGAAACUGUUGUUAUUACUGCGCAACGCUCCCGCAGAUAUGUCGUAUGCGGAAACUAAAGAAGUGAAAGGAGCUAUUUUUGCGGUGUCACAUUUUGUAGCAUCAAGCGACGCAGGAAAGGGCAAGCUUUCAGCAGCCGAGGCAGUCAUAAUACUCUGCAGAUAUGCGGAAGCAUGUCCUGUACUUAGUGUUAGAGGAACUGCAUUCUGGGCCCUGAAUCUGAUUGGAAGCUGUGCAUACGGCGCAAGAUUUUUAACCUCGCUGGGAUGGGAAAGCAGCAAGUAUAAUGAGGAUACUGAAAGAGUACAAUUUGAAGAACUUGGUUUAGACCCAUCGAAUUUGUGGAUAAACUGUGUUGAUGUAUGCACCAGCGACCCGCAUUAUAUUGUUAAAACAAGCGUUAAUCAAGUAAGGUUUGAUCAAACUGAAUAG